GACCAAAAAUGGGAUCGUCUGCGAAUACUGAAACCAACGACACCGCCUCGUAACCGUGGAACCACAAGCCUACUAAGCUAAAGACGUUACUGGACCAGUGUUCUACUAGACAGUUGAGAUUUUAUCUGAAUCUCAAAUAUCCAUUCCCAACAUCUAAAAUAGUUCAAAGCUAAUGGGACAUCGUGUGCUAACUCUGGGACAUCGUAUGCAGCUAAUGCAUCGUCCUUUUCUUCUUCUAGCUUCUUCAUCUCCAUCUCCUGCUCGUACACAAUCAUGUAACAAUCUUAAAUUUUUUUUCUUCUAGUGGCUAGGUCAGAGCAAGAGCUUAAAACAGAUUCUGAGAGUACUUUACGUUGCAUUGUGUCUGAAUAAUACCUCAACCAAAUAUCCAUCACUAUCUGAAUCAUCACCUUCUAGACAUCUGAAAACAUGCGAAAAAAAAUGUAAAUCAAAGAUAUGAUUUCAGUGAAAUAUAAAGGGAAUUGGAGCAGAACUCACUUACAAACUCAAAACAGAUUUGGGGAACUAUUUGAAUGAAAUGAUUAUACUUUUUCCUCUUCUUAUGUGGCUGUUCUAUCUUCUUCUCCUCUUUGUCUUCUACAUUCCGACGACCAUUUACUAAACCAGGAAUGUUAAAAACAUUAACUCUAAACAAUCAGUUACCAUCAGAUACAAGGUGUAAUCAAGAUCCUAAAGCGAAAAUUCUCAACUGUUGCAAAUACCAUUUACUCUCCACUACCAUAAUCAAUUAACCACUUUCUUUGUCAUAAAAAGAAGCUACAAACUACAAAAGAAAUACAUAGAGGAUAAAAAGAAGCUUACUUACGAAUUUGCGUUUGAGAAAGGGCUUUGUUUCUUGUUACGCUUCUCAACGAACUAAGGAUUCUUCUUAGAAAAGUUUCAUAUACGCUGUGACAGUUGACUUGGCGUUAUUGAGCCCGAACAUCGUUAAUGGUAGUAAAGAAAAAGAUUUUCUCUUCGUGAUCUGAUUUUAUUUGAGCAACUCUCGCUGAGAUUAGCUGCAGUCUUAAAUUCGAAAAAUAAAGAAUACAAUAUGGAAUUGUUACUUUUUACAAGUCUAAGUUGUUUGGCAAUGAAUUUUGUUUAGUUUUGAUAUUAUUGUUUUUAAAUAAAAAAAAUUAAAUUAUGAACCAAUCACAAUAUAACAAUUUUUCUCAAACAUCUUCUGUGAAUGAGCAGUUAAUAUAUAUGAGCACUUAAAAAGAAGUAACAUUGGGUUGUCUUGUCUAUUCAUGUUCAUGUUCUCACUCACGCGCCGCCGUCGAUUUAGUAACGUUCGGAAUAACAUAACACUAACGGUCACGACUUUCGAGGAAACUACUAUUAUUACUUUUUGCUAUUGGUUAUCAUUUGUUGUAGCGUUGACUUUUUAGUAGUUGAGGAGUUGAAUCAGAGAUGUCGCCUGACGGAGAACCGGUUACGGUGGAUCCGUCGACAGUUGUCACGGUGAAGAGGAAGACAACUAAGUCAUCUCGCAGUUGGAUAUCCAUAGACACCACGGGGCAAAGAACGGUGCUUGACGAAGACAAAUACGCGAUCAUGCACCGUGUUCAGAUCCAUGCUCGCGAUCUCCGGAUCCUAGACCCGAACCUUUCUUACCCGUCUGCUAUUCUUGGUCGAGAGAGAGCCAUUGUUCUCAACUUAGAGCAUAUCAAGGCCAUUAUCACUGCUCAAGAGGUUCUGAUUCGUGAUUCGUCAGAUGAAAAUCUUAUUCCUGUCUUGGAGGAGUUUCAGAGACGCUUGCCUGUGGUUCAAGGAGAUGCUGAAGCGGGUGAAGAAGAUGAAUCACCGUUUGAAUUUCGGGCGCUAGAGGUGGUUUUGGAAGCUAUUUGCAGCUUACUAGCUGCAAGGACAACAGAACUAGAGACUUCUGCUUAUCCUGCUUUGGAUGAACUAACUUUGGAGAUAAGUAGCCGUAACUUGGAAAGGGUUCGUAAACUGAAAAGUGCCAUGACACGAUUAACAGCUCGAGUCCAAAAGGUAAGGGAUGAGCUGGAACAAUUGUUGGAUGAUGACGAUGAUAUGGCUGAUAUCUAUCUUUCAAGGAAGCUUGCUGGUGUAUCUUCAUCGGUUAGUGUUUCUGAUGAACCUCUUUGGUAUCCUACGUCACCAACAAUAGGUUCCAAGAUUUCAAGAGCAAGUAGAAUGAGUUUAGUGUCGGUUCGUGGGGACGAUGAAAACGAUGUUGAAGAACUUGAAAUGUUGCUAGAGGCUUACUUCAUGCAAAUCGACAGCACUUUGAACAAAUUAACCGCGCUACGUGAGUAUAUUGAUGACACAGAGGAUUACAUUAACAUCCAGCUAGACAAUCAUCGAAAUCAACUCAUUCAGUUAGAGCUUAUGCUAAGCUCUGGAACUGUUUGCAUAUCAAUGUACUCUAUGAUCGCGGGAAUAUUUGGCAUGAACAUUCCAUACACAUGGAACGACGAACAUGGAUACGUUUUCAAAUGGGUGGUUAGCCUGACAGGGACAUUUUGCGCAGCCUUGUUUGUGAUUGUACUGUCGUACGCUCGGUACAAAGGGCUUGUGGGAUCUUGGUGGUCCAAGGAAAAUAAACAGGAUUGAUCGUAAGACUUUGAUUGUAAAUGCAUGCUGUGUAACUCUUCACUCUUUGAAAUAUACGAUGAACGAUUAGGCGGAUACAUGGUUUCAUUACACACUCUUACAUACGUUACAUUUGAUGAAUAGUGUUAUGUACAGUUUCAUAUAAUAUAAAACUUUAAGUGUCAAA